CCGAGUGGAGCCGUUUGGAUGUCUGGGCGUCACGCGGAGACAUCUGGAGUGACCUGCGCUCCGGGGCUCAUCCUCUGACCUGUGGCGGUGCGGCAGCAAAGACUUUGCCGGUGAUCGCGGCUCUGUGGGGGGGGGGGUGGUGGGGGUGGGGGGCGUGAAGGGAAACGUUUUAGCAUGACUGCCGUGAAGAGUUCGGACUGCGUGUGAGAAACAGAGUUUUGUUUCUGUGUGCGCGCGUGCGUGCGUGCGUGCGUGUGUGUGUGUGUGUGUGUGUGCAUGCGUGUGCGUCAGGAUGAGCGUUCCCAUGUUAAAGAUCGGCGCGGUGCUCAGCACCAUGGCCAUGGUCACUAACUGGAUGUCCCAGACUCUGCCGUCGCUGGUCGGACUCAAUGGAACCGUCAUUUCCUCCGAGGGCACGCACGAGCGGAUCGUCAGUGGUUUGUACCCGGGCUCCGAGGAGGGCUGGCAGGUGUACAGCACGGCUUCGGAUCCCGACGGCAGGUGUGUUUGCACGGUGGUCGCCCCGGCACAAAACCUCUGCAAACGAGACCCCCGCAGUCGACAACUACGCAUCCUCACCGAGCAGGUCCAGAAUGUGAGUCAGUCCAUGGAGGUGGUGGACCUGCGGACAUCCAGAGACCUGCAGUACGUCCGGGACUCGGAGCCCCUGCUGAGAGGAGUGGACGGACGUUUACACACUUACGUCGCCAACCCCCGCGCUCUGACAACCAGGGGCCUGCAGGAGCUAAAGGGCCAGAUGUCCCAGCUGCGACCCCUCCUGUCGGUGGUGGAGCAGUACCGGCUGGAUCUGCACACGCUGGCCGCCCUGCGACAGGAGCUCCUCAACCUCUCCGUCGUCCUGACGGCCAUCCAGGAGGAGAUCGGGGCGUACGACUACGAGGAGCUGCAGCAGAGGGUCCUGCUGCUGGAGACCAGGCUGCACGGCUGCAUGAACAAACUCGGUUGUGGUCGUCUGACCGCAGUUAGUACCCCAAUCACCGUGAGAGCCUCGGGGUCCCGCUUCGGCUCCUGGAUGACUGAUGCAAUGAUUCCCAGCUCCGACAGCCGGGUGUGGUCGAUGGACGGGUACUACAAGGGCCGGCGUGUGCUGGAGUACCGGACCAUGGGGGACUUCACCAAGGGGCAGAACUUCGUGCAGCACCUGCUGCCCCACCCCUGGGCGGGGACCGGCCACGUGGUCUACAACGGGUCGCUCUACUACAACAAGCACCAGAGCAACAUCCUGGUGCAGUACCACUUCCGCUCCCGCAGCGUGAUGCUGCAGCGCAGCCUGAGCGGAGCCGGGUACAACAACACCUUCCCCUACAGCUGGGGGGGGUCCUCCGACAUCGACCUCAUGGCCGACGAGAUGGGCCUGUGGGCCGUCUACACGUCCAUCCCCAACGCCGGAAACAUUAUGGUGAGCCGCCUGGACCCUCGCUCGCUGGAGGUGCUGCGCAGCUGGGACACGGGCUUCCCCAAGCGCAGCGCCGGGGAGGCCUUCAUGAUCUGCGGCACCCUCUACGUCACCAACUCCCACCUGGCCGGGGCCAAGGUGCACUUCGCCUACCACACCAACUCCUCCACGUACGAGUACACCGACGUGCCCUUCCACAACCAGUACUCCCACAUCAGCAUGAUGGACUACAACCCCAGGGAGAGAGCGCUGUACACCUGGAACAACGGACACCAGGUGCUCUACAACGUCACGCUGUUUCACGUCAUCCGGAGUGACGGCUAGAGUAGAUGUAGAAGGAAAAAAAAGAAAAGAAAGGAGGGAGUUAUUGUACGGACGCAGAAUAAUCGGUCAUUACAGGACAAUGCAACUUACACACACACACACACACGUCAACAGGAAGAAGAAGGUGACUUUCUGUGUUUGAGUGACCUGAAGCCGUGAGUAAACGCACCAAAGGUCGCGGAGAGGUCGUGGAGGAUUAAGUGAAAGGAGGCGGUUGAGUUCCGUCCCACUCGCGUCUCGAGGAUUGAUUUUGGACGUUGAGGUCGCGUCGCACUCAAGACGAAAAUUUAAAAAAAAUAAAAUUAAAAUAAAAAAGCCGCAGCUUGUGACCUGAAUUCUAAACGGCCUCAGACCUGGAGGAGGACCUGAUGGAGAUGUUCUGGGGGGUUCGUGAUGUGAUCGUGGACGUGUUCCGUCAGCAUGGUUGUUCCUUCAAUAAACAUUACUGUCAAACUUGGU